CAAAUAGCAGAAAACAAAAGGAAGAAACAGUCAGUGCAGGUUUCCGACAUCACCAAGGAACAUCUGUCACAGGAGCAGUUCCACGCCUCCGCGCCGGCAGCCAGCCGGAAAAAUCAUCACAAUAAUAAUUCGCGAGAGGCAAUUCAAUCCCGUUCCAUGUGGCGCACGCCCCAGCUCCUCGUGCUCUCCACUGCAGCCCCCCCCCCCCCCCCCCCCCCCAUCCUUGUCUCUCUCUCCCACCUCCCUCGUUCUUCCUCCCAGCCCCAGGCCAUUUGCAGUUCGUAGUUUCUGAUCCCGCGUCGGCGGCGGUGGCGGCCUCCAUCUGCCGUCUUCCGCGUUGUCCCUGAGCUGCGUCUCUGGAUGAGUUGGUGGUGACGGGCAAGGCGGAGGAGGAGCUUCUUCUUCCCGGCCGGGCGCCCGCCGCCUGAAGAUCCCCUUCCGAGGGGCGGUAGGUGAGGGGAGAUGCGCUGGGCUGAUCCCCAUUACUCGCGCAUCCGUUUCUUGUAGCCGAAAGAUCUGGUCUUUCAGAGGUAGAAGCAUCAUGGGACUCUUAGGUAUGAUGGGCGACUCAUUCGGCUGCUCAGCUACCGGUGAACGGCUCGUCUCUGCCGCGAGGGAUGGAGACAUCCAGGAGGCUAGGGCCCUAUUGGAGCUUAACCCCCGGCUUGCACGAUACUCAACAUUCGGUAUCCGAAACACACCCCUCCAUUACUCGGCGGCAAAGGGCCACCAUGAGAUUGUUUCCCUGCUAAUAGAAUCUGGCGUUGAUAUCAACCUUAGGAACUGCAGAGGACAGACUGCUCUGAUGCAAGCUUGUCUAUAUGGUCACUGGAAAGUUGUACAGAUUCUAGUUCUUUUUAAAGCUAAUAUUCACAAAAAAGAUUGUUUUAGUGGCGCAACAGCAAUUCAUUUUGCCGCCCUGAAAGGUCAUACUCGGUGCAUCCGGCUUAUUUUGGCUGAUUACGUGCCUAGUUUGUCGGAUUUUUGGAACAUCAUGCGCGGAACAUCCACGGAGCAAGCAAAUAAGGAAGCUUUUGAUGCAGCAAAUCUCCAGAGACUAGUUAAUGGAAAGUCAGAUGGAGGUGUCACCCCUCUUCACUUGGCAGCUCUUCAUGGGCAUGCUGAGAGCUUGCAAUUGCUGUUGGACCUUGGAGCCUCUGUCUCUGAGGUCACAGUCAAUGAUGGUUCAACUAUUGAUCUCAUAGGUUCAGGAAGCACAGCCCUUCACUAUGCAGCUUGUGGUGGAAGUGCUGUAUGCUGCCAACUUCUCAUUGCAGCAGGAGCACACAUGGGAGCUGAAAAUGCUAACGGGUUGAGUCCUUUGAUGGUGGCUCGUUCAUGGCACAAAACCAGUGCUGAAGGCAUCCUAAGCAAACAACCAGAAGGGAGACUACUAAUUCUUCCGUCACCAUAUCUGUCUCUUCCACUGAUGAGCAUUGUCAAAAUCGCUCGGGAAUGCGGAUGGAGAAAAACCUCGGUAUCAUCUAGUAGUUGCCAUGAUCCAUGUGUCAUAUGUUUGGAGAUGGAAUGUACGGUGGCUGCAGAAGGCUGUGGCCAUGAGUUCUGCACCAAAUGUGCACUCUAUCUGUGCUCCACCACCAGCAGCUCCACGUCUACCCGCGGGGUGCCUGGCUCCAUAUCUUGCCCUCUGUGCAGGCACACAAUAGUCUCCUUCGUGAAGCUCAGAGGCACCACCUCCCUGAAGGAGCUUCCGUGGACUACCUCAUCAUUGGCUCUAUGUGCGGCAGGCGCAAGCACUGGCUCGUUGCGUCGCCAGUCGGACAUCCGUCGCCUUCGCUCCUCCUCAGUUCACCUAGGAUGCUCCUCUUUUCGAUCCAUUCGCUCCGGUAAAUUGAAUUGCGGCAGGCUUGACGAGACGUUGCCCUGCCUUGUCAACUGUAUCAGGCCGGAUGUGCGGCGAUCAUCUUCGUACAGGGAAAGAGUCGGUAGUAGAUAUUCAGAGUUUUCAUAAUGCUCUGCUCCUUUUGUUGGUUUUGUGUUCGGUUCUGCCUCCCUUUCGUUUUGUGAGCUAUAGGGAGUUUGGUAAUUCAAACUUGUGCAGCAUCUGUUCAUGUCUA